AUGCAUCUUCAUUGGUGUCCGCCGCUGCUUCAAGUUCAAUUGGCGCCGCCUUGCUUCGUUUCACCAUCAUCAAUCGUGAUUUCCCCCCAGUUACCGCUGCUUCCGCUGAUCGCUGCUACGUCAUCCAUCAAUCACUCUAUUGCUGCAAUUCAAAGGCUCUUCUUCGCUGCUGCUGUUGCUGAAAUUCAUUCAAAUUUCGGCUCUCAAUUGCUUGCUGUUGCUGCUGUUUAUCACCGCCAAAUAAGUUGUUUCCUCCAAUUCACUGCCGAAGCUCCCCACCACCAUCAUCACUCGCGCUCUUCAUCACCACCGGCGUUUACUAGUUACUUCUGCUGCCCGCCGCUCCAAGCAAUCGCUGCUGCUGUCGGAUUGAUUCUGGACAAUUUUCUGCACAUGUUUUCGGCCACAUGGCUACUUCAUGCAAAUGUUAAUUGUAUUUUCGUUCGCGCGCUUCAUUGCUUAGGCCAAUCAAUUCACCGUUGCAUCUCUCGACCAACAGAAAGCUGUUGCCGCUAUUUUACUCGCCCAGUUCGACCACCACAGACGAGUUCCUUCAAUCACUUUCGUUUGCUGCCGAUUAACCAUAACCAUCAGCUCGCUCUGUAUCUUAAUUCGGCAAGUACACACAACAAGCUGUUCAUCUCAAAUUCCGUAUCAGCCAUUGAAGUUAGAAAACUUCCCAAUCAGCUGCCGCUAAAGCCGUCAGCUCCAAUCCACUUGCUUUUCGUCGCCAUGGCCACCAGCAGCUUUGCAGCAGAAGUAGGAAAGCAUAAAAUUCCUAAGUCCACCGAGCUACCUCAAAUCCGCAAGCUCCAGGGAAGAUUCUAA